CCUGACGUCGCGCUGCCCGCCGCGGGGUUUAUUUGGCUCCGGGUCCCUGGCCGCCGCCAUUAGAAGUCCGCAGCGUCCGAGGCCGCCCCCCCGUCCGCUCUGCCCCCGCCCCUCGGGCCCCCCGCCUCUGCGCCUGCUCUCCGCCCCUCUUCCCCCGCCUCCGGCAGCCGGGGAGCCGAGCGCGGGCCCGCGGAGACCAUGUCCUGACUGGGGCGAGCGGGCGGGCGGAGGCGGCAGCAGCGGGGCGGGCGGGCGGCGGCGCCGAGGGAGGCGGAGAGGGGCCGGGCUCGGCUCGUCGCCGCGGGCGGGCUGUGCGGGAGUCGUCGCCGCCGCCGGGCGGGCGCCCAGCGUCAGACGACGAGGAGGAGGCGGAGGAGCGGGAGCUGGAGGAGGAGCCGCCGCCGCCAGGAAUAGCUAUUCACAGUAAGACAGACCACUUAUCACGUUGUGCAGUAUCUCCUGAGGAAGUCAGAGUCUGAGCCAGCAUGAAGACUGUCUUUGGUCUGAUUUAAAACUAUACUGUUACUCUAACCAUGUGCAAGGUGGAGGUUAUAGCAUGGAAACUAACGUCUUACUUCCUGCCUGACAUAACUCACUUGAAGAAGUGCACAAUGUCAGAACGUGGAAUUAAGUGGGCUUGUGAAUAUUGUACGUAUGAAAACUGGCCAUCUGCAAUCAAGUGUACUAUGUGUCGUGCCCAAAGACCCAGUGGAACAAUUAUUACUGAAGAUCCAUUUAAAAGUGGUUCCAGUGAUGUUGGUAGAGAUUGGGAUCCUUCCAGUACUGAAGGAGGAAGUAGUCCUUUGAUAUGUCCAGAUUCCAGCGCAAGACCAAGGGUUAAAUCUUCAUACAGUAUGGAAAACGCAAACAAGUGGUCAUGCCACAUGUGCACAUAUUUGAACUGGCCAAGAGCAAUCAGAUGCACCCAGUGUUUAUCCCAGCGUAGGACCAGGAGUCCCACAGAAUCUCCUCAAUCCUCUGGAUCUGGAUCAAGACCGGUUGCUUUUUCUGUUGAUCCUUGCGAGGAAUACAAUGAUAGGAAUAAACUGAAUGCAAGGACCCAGCAUUGGACCUGUUCUAUUUGCACAUAUGAAAACUGGGCCAAGGCUAAAAAAUGUGUUGUUUGUGAUCACCCCAGACCUAAUAACAUUGAAGCAAUAGAGCUGGCAGAGACUGAAGAGGCUUCUUCAAUAAUAAAUGAGCAAGACAGAGCUCGAUGGAGGGGAAGCUGCAGUAGUGGUAAUAGCCAAAGAAGAUCACCUCCCACUACAAAACGAGACUCUGAAGUGAAAAUGGAUUUUCAGAGGAUUGAACUGGCAGGGGCUGUUGGCAGCAAGGAGGAACUUGAAGUGGACUUCAAAAAACUAAAGCAAAUUAAAAAUAGGAUGAAAAAGACCGAUUGGCUAUUCCUCAAUGCUUGUGUGGGGGUUGUAGAAGGUGAUUUAGGGGCCAUAGAAGCUUAUAAGUCAUCAGGAGGAGAUAUUGCACGUCAGCUCACUGCAGAUGAAGUACGCUUGCUGAAUCGUCCUUCUGCCUUUGACGUUGGCUAUACCCUGGUACACUUGGCUAUACGUUUUCAGAGGCAGGAUAUGCUAGCCAUAUUGCUUACAGAGGUGUCUCAACAAGCAGCAAAGUGUAUUCCAGCAAUGGUGUGUCCUGAACUGACAGAACAAAUCCGGAGAGAAAUAGCUGCCUCUCUUCAUCAGAGAAAGGGGGAUUUUGCUUGUUAUUUUCUAACUGACCUUGUAACAUUUACGUUGCCAGCAGAUAUUGAAGACUUGCCCCCAACAGUUCAAGAAAAAUUAUUUGAUGAGGUGCUUGAUAGAGAUGUUCAAAAGGAGUUAGAAGAAGAAUCUCCGAUUAUAAACUGGUCUUUGGAGUUGGCUACACGUUUGGACAGUCGACUUUAUGCCCUGUGGAACCGGACUGCGGGAGACUGCUUACUGGACUCAGUACUGCAAGCUACCUGGGGUAUUUAUGACAAGGACUCAGUGCUUCGGAAGGCUCUUCACGACAGCCUGCACGACUGUUCACAUUGGUUUUACACACGCUGGAAAGAUUGGGAAUCGUGGUAUUCGCAAAGCUUUGGUUUACAUUUUUCAUUGAGAGAAGAGCAGUGGCAAGAAGACUGGGCAUUUAUACUUUCUCUCGCGAGUCAGCCUGGAGCAAGUUUGGAGCAGACACACAUUUUUGUGCUUGCACACAUUCUUAGACGACCAAUUAUAGUUUAUGGAGUAAAGUAUUAUAAGAGCUUCCGAGGAGAGACUUUAGGAUACACUCGGUUUCAAGGGGUUUAUCUGCCUUUGUUGUGGGAACAGAGUUUUUGUUGGAAAAGUCCAAUUGCUCUGGGCUAUACGAGGGGCCACUUCUCUGCUUUGGUUGCCAUGGAAAAUGAUGGCUAUGGCAACCGAGGUGCUGGUGCUAACCUGAACACCGAUGAUGACGUCACCAUUACGUUUUUGCCUCUGGUUGACAGCGAAAGGAAACUACUCCACGUGCACUUUCUUUCUGCUCAGGAGCUAGGUAACGAGGAGCAGCAGGAGAAGCUGCUCCGCGAGUGGCUGGACUGCUGCGUGACGGAAGGCGGCGUGCUGGUCGCCAUGCAGAAGAGCUCGGGGCGGCGGAACCACCCCCUGGUCACGCAGAUGGUAGAGAAGUGGCUCGAUCGCUACAGACAGAUUCGGCCGUGCACGUCCCUGUCUGACGGGGAGGAAGACGAGGAUGAUGAAGAUGAGUGAAGGCCAGCAAGGAAGCAGAGCAGGGCAUCAGAUCUGUGUGGCCGCGGUUAGCGCGGUGCUCCAAGCAGAGUGCACGGUGUGGAAAGAACCAGACCCAGUAGGAUCUGCUCAGUUAUUUUUCUGGUCCACACCCAGUGGAGAUAAUUAAUGCAUCUGCUGCAUGAGGAGACAGAGAACUUGGGUUGAACUACAAUUUGUUUUAAAAAAAAAAAAAAAAGAAAAAAAAAACAACAAAAAAACCACCCCAAAACCUAAUUUUAUUGACAGACCUUUUUUUCCCCCCUUUGAAAUUGUAAAUCUGUCUAUAAUGUAACGCAUGUGGUUGUGUAAGAAAUUGUGAAAUAGGAAAAAUUGUACCAGCAUCUCCAUAUUGAGAAUUUUUUUCAGCAUGGGCACUAACAAAAAAACAAAGCACAUGGCAGACAACUCUUUAGUCCUUUGAGAUAAUCUCUUCAAUAGACCUGGCAUUUUCCUUUCACCUUACAAGAUCUAAUUUACAUGAACUCUCAGCGAUGUGGAAACUACAAAUUACCCACACCAAAACAUAAAAUAAACAAGCUUUUUAUUUUAAUAGUAUGUGCCCAAUCAAAUCUUUUAGGAACUACAGGAAAAGCUGAUUUAAAAAAAAAAUUGAAUGAACUUCGUAUAUACUUUACCUCUUUGUAUUGAAGAGGUCUUGGCUUCCUGUUGCUUUUAAGUUCUCUAAUUCCCCCCUUAGUAUUUAGAUAUUUAUUUGGAAGAGUGCCCUAAAAUAAGGGGCCAGACUCUGGGCAGAGGUCCACUGCAUCUCCCUGGACGGGGAGGGAGCCGGCUGGCUUGUCACGGACUAGAUUGUGUGCGAUUUGCUCCUGUGGACCCCGCUGACAGCGUUCUGCUCCCAGAUUACCAGGCAGAGGGCCUUGGGCUCUUCCUUUCUCCUCUUAUCACCUCUGCUCUAAGCACGUGCUGUCAGCAGGGUGACCCUUUGCUCAGGCGGAUUGGGAAUGCCAGUUCAGUACAGAAUAAAGAAUUUGAAAAUGGAUUGAAUGGAGGUGGUCAGUGUAUUUUCUAUGAUGAACUUUGGUGUAGACUGAGAAUUUUUGCAUGCUGGUUUGUUGUAGUUAUUCCUAUUUAAACAAAAUCAGACCGCUUCAGGUAUACAUUCAUCACUGGGUAGAUUUCUGACCUAUCUCAGGAAUAUGACGACUGACUUUGUGUUCACCUAAGCACUUUGUGGGAGAUUUUAGUGUCAAGGGACUUGCAAGACACACAGUCCCAUGCCCCUUUGAUGAAAGGCUGUGAACUUUCAUUUGCUUCUUUUUAGAUGGUCAUGAAAUGUGUACGUCAAAUUUCUUGCUGGAAUACAAAAACCCCAGAAAUGUCCACAAGCUGUCAUGUCAGCUCUUUCUCCCCUGUGGAUACUCUGAAAAUGUGUCCCCAGGAAGAAGGGAUGAUUUCUGCUCCAUGCUCAAACUGCAGGGAAGCCAUUUGCAGCCAGUCCAUGCAGAUAGAUGGGCCUCAGUGCAGGGGUGCUAUGGUCCUCCUACAGAUUCAGUGUGAUGCUGUGACUGCUUACCAUAGCAUUCCUCUCAUUGGGAGGGUGGGAGGUGAGGGGAGGAAGUUCCCCUAGUGAAACCCACCUUCCUAAGUGGAGAGGCCAAAGAGAAAUGCCAGACAGGAUGAGCGGUCUGGUCUUGGGUUUGUGUCACACAGAAGUGCUGUCCAGUCACACAGCCUUGGCAACUGAGCUCUGUUCUGUGUGGUGCCCUGUCCCUUCCCCUCUAAGGUCUGGUGGCUCUGGCCACUUGACAGUUCCUAGGCUUCAGCAAUGGGGUUUUAGAUGGCUUCACAGCAGACAAAGUGGUUGUUAAAAGGCUAAAAUUUUGGUAAAAUCAAAUGCUAUUUUAAGCUCUUGAACUAUUAAAUGGCCAUAAUUAUUACUCCAAGAUAGAGUAUGUCCUUUGUCAAAGGUAGCUGGGUGUUGUAGAUGGCAUUAUAGCAACACUGUGUGCACUUGUAUGGUCUUUUCUGUUUUCAUCUGUUUUUUCUUUGGAGUCAAUUUAUAGAACUUCCAAAGGGCUGCUGGAGCAACCAAGAUCUAAUUAAACACAACCCAGGCAAACCAUG